CUCUCUCAUCUCCCCCCCCCCCCCCCAAUAUCCACUUGAAGAAGCUCCUCUUCUUUUGCUGACAAUCACAUAACCUUGCUAUCUUUGUGUAGCUUUUGCAGCAUUGCAGUCAUAGAAUUUGAACUCCACAUGGGGAGGCACUCUUGCUGUUACAAGCAGAAACUAAGGAAAGGCCUGUGGUCUCCUGAGGAAGAUGAGAAGCUUGUAAGGCACAUAACCAAGUUUGGACAUGGUUGUUGGAGCUCUGUCCCUAAACUUGCAGGUUUGCAAAGGUGUGGGAAGAGUUGUAGGCUGAGGUGGAUAAACUACUUGAGGCCUGAUUUGAAAAGAGGGACAUUUUCACAGCAAGAAGAGAAUCUGAUAAUUGAACUUCAUGCAGUUCUAGGCAACAGAUGGUCUCAGAUUGCAGCUCAAUUACCCGGGAGGACCGAUAAUGAGAUAAAGAAUCUGUGGAACUCGUCUUUAAAGAAGAAGCUUAGGCAGAGAGGCAUUGACCCAAACACUCACAAGCCCCUUUCUGAGAUUGAGAAUGAAGAGAAAGUAUCAGCAACAAUCAAGAACAAUGAGAGAGCCUCCGGUGGAUCAUCAUCCCAUGACCAAUUGACUGAGAAGCCAAAGGUUUCAGUGGCUGCAGAUAGCUAUUCUCUGAUUGAAAACUCACCACCGCCACCACCACCGCCACUGCCACCACCGCCAACCCAUGAAUUCUUCCAAGAAAGGUUUGUUUCAUCCCACGAGAGCUCCACCGCCACCGGUUGCAAGCCUCCUGAUUUUCCGGGUUAUUUCUCUUUCCAGCAAUUGAAUUACAGGCCUGAUAUGGGACUUUCUGCCAAUCCAAACACAACCCUUUUCCUCAAUCCGAAUUCGAGGUGUUCUGAGAUGAUUUCUGAGUUCAAUUCCACUGUUUUCACUUCCAUGUCAAGCCCAAUUCUUACCACCACAACACAAAUCAAGCCUUCCAUUAGUCUUCCUUCUUCAUUGGGGACUUUUGACAUCAAUGGAAUCCACAAUUGGAACAGUGGCACAUACAGUAAUAAUGGGAGUAGCAGCAAUGGAAGCAGCAAUAGCAUUGAAAGUUCCUUCUUUGACAACAACAACAACAACUUUUCCUGGGUACCAACAGCAGAUUGCGUAAAAUCAGAGAAAGAAACUGAAAUUCAACCGAUUGAUGGCGACCCAGAAGAGAUCAAAUGGUCUGAGUACCUCCAAACACCAUUUUUACUAGCAACAACAAUCCAAAACCAAGCUGCUCAAGAUAUUUAUAAUGAGACUAAAUCAGAAUCACAGUUUGUGAUGACGCACGCGCCGAGUAGUACUAAUUGGCAUCAGAAUCAGCAGCAACAACAAGAAGCUUCACAAGCCACAGACUUGUACAAUAAGCAUUUCCAGAGGCUUGCAGCAAGCUAUGGGCAAUUUUCUUAGGUUGUGUUUGGCAAUUUGGGAAUUUUCCAAAAAGGGAAGAUUUUUACAUUGUCUUUUGAGCAAGGUGUGUGUGCUAUAUAAAACCUUUCUUUGUUGUUUUGUAAAUAGGUCUGAUACAAAGUUCUCCAAGCUUUCUGAUACCCAAUCUAUUUGUGAUAGAAACAAGGUUAAAUUGUGCUCUCUCAUCUCUUUUGUCUAUGGAACAUGGAAGAAUCAUCACAGAAUAAAAGGUCUUGUUUCAAUGUGUUUUUUCAUCUUCUA